AUGGUCGUCCGCAUACGCCUCGCCCGCUUCGGGCGCGUCAACCAGCCCUUUUACAACAUCGUCGUCACACAAGCCAGAACCGCCCGCAACAGCAAACCAAUCGAGGUCAUCGGCACCUACGACCCCGUCCCCCGCCAGGACCCCUACGACGCGACUUCCAAGCCGCACAAGGAUAUCCGCCUCGACUCGCUCCGCGCCCGCUACUGGGUCGGCGUCGGCGCUCAGCCCACCGAGACCGUCUGGCGAUUACUCUCCAUGGUCGGCAUUCUCGAGCCCAAAUACAGGCCAAACGGCACCCCCAACACGGCGACGGCGGCAAAGUCGCUCAGGACACCUUCUCCAGCCAAGGCCCCGACCCCGGAAUCAUCAUCAUAG